AUGAAGUCUCUAGGAGACAUACAAGUCACCAUCACACCACAUACAAGUUUGAACUCUUCACGUGGUGUGAUAUCUGAAAUUGAUCUCAUGUCUGAGGAUGAAUCAGAUAUUCAGAUUGGUCUUUCAGAUCAAGGUGUUACUGCUGUCCGACGCAUCUUCAUUUGUCGAGAUGGCAAGUUAAUUCCUGCUAAACACUUAAUUUUAACCUUUAACAAACCAACUUUGCCAUCUGCUAUCACAGCAGGUUAUCUGCGCUGCCCACUUCGUCCAUAUGUUCCGAAUCCGCUGUGUUGUUUCAAAUGCCAGCGAUUUGGACAUUUCCACACUGUGUGCAUGUGCUGUGGGAAAAAGCACAUGCACACAGUGUGGAACUGA